AGUAGCGUGUGUGGAUGUGUAGUUCUCCCGUAAGCGCUUCUGCGUGUGUGCGCGCGCGCGCGCGCGCGUGUGUGUAUAUGCGUGUAUGCAUGCAUGCAUGCGCGCGUGCGUGAGGGAGUGUGUGAGGCGGGACGUAUGGAGAGCGUGUGGGAUCAGAGCAAAAACGGAUCGCAGCAUUAAACUUUUCGGAAGUAGUUUUGUUUUGAGUUUGCGUUUUAGCCAUCCGGAAAGGUUGUUGAAAGGAUCUUGUGUCUUUGCAUUAACACACACACGCACGCGCACGCACGCACACGCACGCACGCACGCACAGACAAGAUCUCCAGCAAAAGUUUCAGAUCAGAUCUGAUUUGAUCUGAUCUCGGGGUGAAGAUGUCCUGCUGAACGGAGUUUCCAGCUCAUUUCUCUGGGCUGCUGCUGAAGGCCAUAAACAGGAAGAACAAUCCGGCUUGAUGUGCUCCACCGGCUCUGCUUUCUCUUUGGGGGUUGUUUUCUAUCUCUGCUGCAAACCUGCAGAUGAAAACCUAGAGCACUGAUGAUCAUCUGACUUCAUAGAUGAUCCAGGAGCUGACUGUCUACUCCAUACUCCAAGCAUGGAAGUGUAAAGAGAGAAGUUUGAAUCAAAAAAGAAAAGAAAUCGGGAUCGCCAGCAUGCUGAAGACUCUAACCAAAAAGCUCAGAAGACAUUCCCUUAAUGAAAUCCACCCUUUCCAGCUUAAGAUUUCCUACCACGGCAGUGAGGAAGGUGGAGAGAGCGAAGAUUCUGAAGGAGAGAACCAAGAGCUGGCACAGAUUGACCGAGAGCGCCGCAGGAACUGUGUUUUAACCCCCCUGGCUACCAGUCAGCAGCCUAAUCAGGGCCUGCUUUCCCCGGGCCGUGUCCGCCGUGUGCGGUUGCUACUGGAGCCUGCCAUGGAGCGCCAUAGCUCUGAAGAGGAGCUUGAGCGUAUUGCGGGAAUUGCUAGCACCGCAGGUGCUGAGGGUGGAUGCAGGUGGCACAGACACGGCGAGCUCAGCAGCACCUCCAGUGACGAGGAGGUGAAGGACCUGUGUGAGCCAGGUGCUUCCCCCAGCCCUGUGCUGUUCAGCUCGUCACCACCUCGAGGCCUCAAACCCACACACACCUCCACACGACUACACACCAGACCCAUAAUCCUCAGCCACUUCGAACAGCCCGCCGUGCCAUACUGGAUACACCGGAGAGAGCCCGGUCGGCCAAGUCUGGACCUGGAGAAGAUGCAGCAGAAAAUGCUCCUGAAAAAGAACUGUGGCGGGAAAACAAGGACAAUCAAGAUCCGGAACCUGACCGGCAGUCGUCACCCUCCCAGAUACUCUUAUGAUCCCUCCAUCUUUGCCUUCCGCUCUUUGAGCACCGCCCCUCCGUGCAGUCCCCUGCUCUCCAAUGAGGAGCCUCCUUGUGCUUGAGGGAAGCCACUGGACUUUGAGAUGAAACAGCACGUCUUGUUGUAUCAACCUUUUCCUCACCUUAGGACAGGGACCGUUGUAUUAUCUUGUCAUUUAGCAGGGUUUUAACCCAAACAAAGUGCCCAAGUUGACAAAACGGCAAAUCCCAGGAUGUAGAGGAGCAUCAGGGAAUUGGGUAAUGGUGUCUUAUGUUGUUUUACCCUUUUUGGCUGUCUGACCAUAUCUCAGGAAAAAUCCUUUUAACAUAUUUCUACAAAGACGAGGUCAAGGCCACUGAACUAUUACAGAGCCACAACAGAAAGCUGCAUUCUGCUGAAAUUGGCAUUUUGAAUCAUUUCGUGGUUCUUGAAUAACUCCGCACAUCUGGCCAUUUCCUGAUGUUCAGGUCUAGUUAUUCAAUUGCCAUUGUACUAUGUGCAUUUUGGCUAUUUGUAGAUCAUGUGGAAAGUCUACACCGAGAGCUUUCGGCUGAGAAGGAAACGCGAUGCGGCGUGAUUUGUAAUGUGAGGAUGGACUUUAUGGAAUGAGUGGGAGCGUGCUACACUUCCUUGCAGUCUUAAUAAUCAAAGAUGAACGAAAUUCAUGCUUUUAGGCUUGACCAACAAUCGAAAUAUAAACUCAAUAUUAUUUGGUUACCUCUGUCUGCCAUAGUGCUUGCCUAAGGUAUAUUCUUUGACCACAAUUAUUAAAUAAGCAAGGUAAUAAAAAAGAACCCUGGUACUAGUCCAGCAUUAGACUAAAGCCAGUUUUACACUGUGUGAUUACAGCCAUCUUUUUAUUACUUCUCACACUGUAUUAGAUGAUCCCAAUAAACUCUUGGCUGAAUUCUAUACCAGACUGUGCAAUAACGUGUUCUCCAUGUCAGAUUAUAUGUUCUGCUUACAUUAUCAAUCAGUGUGAAAAGGUCUCAUGCAGUAAAUGGGGUCAUGAAUAUGGAAACAUUAUUCAAAGUACGCUAGAUGUCAUAAGGAUAUUUUUUCUGUCCAUAUUUCAUUUAUGUUUCACCAUUACCACUAACGUAUUUCUAGCUAUCCUGUGAGUUUUGUAUCAUGCUAUGCCGUCCUCCUAUUGGUGGACUUUAGAUGAGCGUCAUAGCAGCCACACUCUGAGAUUUUAAUGCAAAUAUCUGACAUUGCCAAAACUUGCCAGCCAUCUUUGGUUGCGAUUUUUGUCUGCAACAGCAAAAUAGGGCCAAAAUUGUGCAGUGUAAAGCCGGCUUAAGCAUAUGAAUCUGUUUGACCAUCACAGGUUUAGGAAAGAGAGCGUACUCCGUGUUAUGUGCCUAAUAUACUGGAGCUGCAGUAUAGAAGCUCCUUUGCCAUGUUUGAAUGUUUUUGGACCAAGUAUCAAAGUCAAUAAUUAAUACUUAUAUUAUCAUAUUUCAUUGUAACCCCCUUUCUGGGUUAAGUCUAAGUUAAGCUUCUCUAUUUUUGACUGCACUCUUUCAAUCUUGAAUUAUUUUGGUAAAGAACAAACACAAUGUUGAAUAUAAAACAUGCGAAACGUUUUGUUUCAAGUAUUUUGCAUAUGUAAUUGUGUAGGUUUUAACCAUGUACUGUAUUGAUUGUACCUAGCUUUUCAAUGAGUAGCCUUCUCUUGUAGGGGUCAACAUGUUUUUGCAAAAAGUGGGAGAGCUACAAGGAACGUUUUGUUACUGGUUCCACAAGUUUAAUCUAGUUACCCAUUCAAUUAUAUCCACGUGGAAUAAAUAUAUACACCUACCGGUCGGACAGUACCUACAUGUUUGUAACAUGUUCUAGUUAUUUUUUCUUUUUUUGGCCAUGUUCCAGCGAGAUGAAUAAAUGUCUCUUGGCUCCAGUGA